AUGGCCUGUCUCGCUCUCGCCAAAGAGCUCCAAAACCGGAAUGUCGUGGCCACCGUACGUAGCACUACUCCACUCGAAGGCAUCGAUACCCUCACCGACGUCGACAUCACCUCUGACGCCUCCAUCGCCAAAGCUGUUCAACAUCCCCUCGUCCAAGAACUAGACAUCAUCAUCAUCAACGCUGCCGUAGGUGGGCUCGAUUCUCUCCUCGCUUCCUCUCCCUCCACUCUAGAAUCCCACCUCGUCACCAACAUCAUCAGCCUACACCACAUCAUCUCUGCUUGCCUCCCCGCCCUCCGCCAAGGCAGAGAGAAGAAGAUUAUCUUCAUGUCCUCUUCUUCAGGGUUUUUCCAAAUCGUAGCGUCCCCUACACGGAGGGUGCGUUCAGGGGUCUAUUCAGUAAGCAAGGCAGCGUUGAACAUGUUGACGGCGCAAUAUGCUGAUGAGAUGAAAGAAGAGGGAUAUGUGAUCAUGCCGGUGCAUCCGGGGUCGGUUGCGACGGAUAUGGGGUCCUCGGCUGGGAAGGGAGGUAUGGAGCCAAGUGUCAGCGCGAGGAGGGUCGUCGACGUUGUCGAAGCGCUGAAGAAGGAAGACAACGCCAAUUCUUUUCCAGUUCGAUAGAACUCCGAUGCCUUGGUGAAUAAUAGAUACGUCCCGCUACUGGGUGUAUUAUGUGCCUAGGAGAGCGUGAAUUGCAUUAAGAGUCUAGGAAUCAAUCCAUUUAUUUGUGGGCCAACGAGCCGUAAGCAGCAAAACCUGACACGUUCGUCUUGACGCCAAAGUAAGACUGAUGUGAGAAAGGUGCACUGCGGGAGGAAGCAAGAUACGCUCGAUGGAAGAGGGAGGAUUCGUCGUCAAAUUUCAGAAUAGAUAUGUUGUUGACACAGGAAAGAUAUCACUAA